CGCGAGGAGCUCGACUCUCGGGUCGCUCAGAAUCUAUGCAGUGUUAACGGCACGGCAUACCUCGGAGCACACAAAAGUCAUGCGAAUACUGUGAUGCUCUGAGGACGCGUCUGGAUCGGAUUGUUCUGUUCGGAGUGCGCGGCGCGACGCGAGUGUGGUGUUCGUGACAACCCCGGGCCGGAAAACCGCCGCGGCCAACAUGGGUGCGACGAAAUACGCGAGUGUUGUGUUCUGCCUGAGUGUGGUGUUGCGGGUCACGCUCGCCUCUGGAAUAUCGGAGCUCGAGCUGUCCAAGCUGUCUGGAGCAGGCAUCGGCUCUGCUGACGGCGUUCCUCAUCUUGAUCUGCAAUCGCUUGAGAGUGGUUACCACGGCCUGGUCCGAGAGAAUGAGACCACUGUGGAGGUGACACCUCGCAUCAAAGCUGUUGGUGCCGAAAUCUGCAGCUUCAAGAUUGUCAACAAGCACCAUGGGGAUGCACCUUUUGAUAUCAUUCUAAAAGAUGAUGGAGAAGGUGAGGUGCAGCUGAAGCCUCAUAGAACCCUCAACUGUGAGAAGAGGAAGAACUACAAGUUUGAUAUUGCGGCAGUCAGCUGUUCUGGAGAAGUGUCUGAGAAUGUUACUGUGCACAUCACCGUGAUAGACAUUAACGAGUAUGCACCAGUGUUCCUGCAGCCAUCAUAUGUCUACCAAGUGGAUGAAGGCCGCCUCUACUCUGAAAUUGUUCGUGUUGAGGCCACCGACCGUGAUUGCACUCCUAAAUUUGGAGACAUUUGCAAGUAUGAAAUUCUCACGACAGAACAGCCUUUCACCAUCGACAGUGAAGGAGUCAUUCGUAAUACUGAACCUCUGGACUUUGAGAAAAGCCACAACCACAUCUUAUCAGUGGUGGCUUAUGACUGCGGGAUGAAACAGUCUGUUCCAGUCAUGGUUACAAUCAAAGUAAACAGAGUGUGCCGCUUGGGCUGGAAAGGUAUUCCUGAACGCAUUGACUAUGCUCCCAGUUCUGGUCGGGUUGAUCUCUUUCCCUCUGCUGAGCUCCAACUGUGCGACGUACCUUGCCAAGUGCGCCAGGUUGAUGCCCGUGUCGCUUUAACCACUGCCCACAUUGGCAAGGGCUGCGACCGUGACACCUAUUCUGUUGCAAGUCAACGCAAGCUGUGUGGCGCCAGCCAAGACAGCAUUGACCUUCUUCCCAGUCCAGCAUCUGGUGCUGACUGGGCCAAAGGACUACAAACAGAUGAAGGUCGAGAAGGAGACCAAAUGUACGAGUUUGAUGGUGUGACUUCUGCUGUGGCUGUCCCAGCAAGUGUCUUGGAUCAUAAUUUGGCUUCAACAUUCACAAUGUCCACCUGGAUGAAGCACAAGCCUCAGCCUGGUGCUGAUAAGCACAUGAAGGAGCAUAUUAUUUGCUCUGCUGAUGACCAUAAAAUGAACCGCCACCACUAUGCCCUGUUCGUAAGAAACUGCAGAUUAAUUCUUCUUCUGAGAAGAGACUACUCUGAUGGAGAUCAAAAUAACUUUAGACCAGCUGAAUGGCGCUGGAAGCUCCCUCAGGUUUGCGACGAUGUGUGGCAUCACUAUGCAGUUGAGGUCAAAUUCCCUGAUGUACAACUGUAUGUUGAUGGACAACUUUUCAAAACGGAAAGGAAGAACCCUGAGAUUAUUGAUGACUGGCCUCUGCAUCCUACAAAGGGAAUUAAUACCACUGUAACUGUUGGUGCAUGUUGGCAAGGUUCUGAGAAUAAGAUGAAACAUUAUUUCCACGGUUACCUGGCUGGACUUUCAGUUCUCUUGCAUCGUACCGAGCGAGCAGAAGUUUUGACAUGUCUACACAAAUGCAAAGAAAGUUUGGAAGUUCCUGCCAUGGAACUUUUGGAACCAGGAAUGGAACUGCUAACAAAUAGUGAUCUCACUGAACUGUCAAUCAAAGGAGACAACAAAACAAAUCUAGAAGUUCUGAUGCGAAGAGUUGGUUACACUAACUCUCGUGAGUUCCCUACUCCAGGCCGACGCAAUCUGCACAUUUCAACCACUAUUACAUGUGACCAUGGGAAAGUUCUUAAGGUGCCCAGCCUAGAAAGCUAUGUAAUGGUCCUGCAGCCUCAAGAACCAACAAUUUCUAUCAAUGGUACAUCUAAUCUAGCCCGUGACUACGAGGACUUCCGUCAGGGCGUUCGUGUGUUCACUGAUGUUCAUGUAACUGUUGGUUCUGUUACUGGCACCAAGCACAACCAUGAUAUUAGCAGUGUCGAGAAGAAGCUAGAUUCCUGCUCUGUUUCUGUUUAUCCAUCUUUAAAUCCUGAUCAUGAAACACUAUCCCUACCUGAAAAUAUGCUGUCUCAGUUCGGAGUCGUUGCAAAGGUUAACAAAGAUGGUGUUGUUGUAUCGGGUGCAGAUCUUAUCUACAACUAUGAACAGAUCCUUCGACAGAUCCAAUACACUAAUCGUAAACCUGCUUACUACUUGAAUCGUGUAUUUAAGCUUAUAUGCUCAGAACUUAAUGGCAGGUUCUUAAGUAAUGAAUAUGUACAAACAUUGACAGUAAUUCACCCACGGAUGACUGGCAGCAAGAGCACAGAGCAGCCUCAUCUUGCUGACAAACACAACCAUGAACACCUGGAUGUGCAUGAGAAGAAACCCAGCCAUGACCAUGCACCUCAGCCUGCCCAUGCUCACGUUGACCGACACCAUGUUGAGAUGCACCCUGCCCAGGUGCUCUCUGAAGAUCAUUCCCUUAUGGAUGGUGUUCAAGCUGUCACUGGUGCAAGCCACGCAGUCACCAUUAUCAUUGUCGUGUGUGUUGGAUUUCUUCUCUUCAUGAUCAUUCUGGGAGUGAUUCGCAUUCGUGCAGCGCAUCAUCGUGCAAAUCAGGAAGAGAUUGCUGACACAGAAAUGGCAUGGGAUGACUCUGCCCUUACCAUUACUGUAAACCCCAUGGAACAGAUGAAUGGUUCCUCACCCUCCAAUGGUCAAGGACCAGCCUCUGCAGGUGGAAGAGUACGAGGGGAACAUUGUGACGAUGAUGACUCAUCUGAUGACGGGUCUAGUUAUCGAGACGAUGACUUAGACUCAACAGAUGAGGAAGAAGAAGAAGUUGAGUCAGGAAAGCACAAGGACUUGGAGUGGGAUAACUCAACUCUCACCAUUUAGAAGCUCAGUGCAAUUGUCCAGGAGGGCUAGAACUUGAAUUAAGCAUCAGAAGGCAAAAUGCCAUGUCUGUUAAUUCAAACACUGGGUUGCAAGAGCUGAUACUUGUUUACACUAUCUGUUCUCCUUCCUUUAAGAUACUCUUGAUGAGUCAAACAUCAUUUUCUGUAUUGAGGAAGAUUGUGACAGCUGUGUUUAGGCUGUGUAUCUCUGCUGCUACAAAUAACUCAGAGAUAAUUUGAGGCAGUAGAACGUACUUAUGAUUAAAACACUCCUUUAAUUUUACACAGCUAUCACAAUCUCAUUGUCUUUCAGUCUAUAGGUAUUAAUAUAAAUAUUUUUUUUUCCAAUUCUUUUCAAUUUUUUAAUGAAUUUGUGUGUGUGAGUAACGUAAGGGCAUUGUGUUUGAUAACUUCCCAAAUGGAACUGGUCUUUGCUAUAUGCUGUCAGAUGAAAUUAAUUUAUGUCACUGUUUCAUAUAGUUUUUAAAUCAUAAAACACAUAUUUCAGUUUUAAUUUUCUUCUCUACUGCUGAUAAUAUGAUAAGAGAAUCAUCUGUUAUUCGUUUUUGUUCCAUCUUGGUGUUGAAGAAUAGUGUAUGCAAUCGUCAUCAUGCAUGCACCUAGAGAGCUUUUUAUUUACGUUCACCCACUCAUGCUUACAUCUUUUUCUUUCAAAUAUUUACUUUAUCUUUGGCUUUGCCUAGUGCUAAAUUUUGCAUUCUUUAUUCAUGGUAGCUGCAUAAUGUUUUAUUUUUUUAUGAAUCGAAUCAAGAUAUAUUUUGUAAUGCUGAUGAGACCCAUAUGGAUGGGUUCAGUUGAGUCCUUGAUUCCGCCCUAGAAAGUAUUAAAUGGUUUUUGUUGAACAAAGAUAUUUUAAGUGCCAUAGGAAGGAUAUUUUUCUUUCACCAAUCUCCCAGUGUUCAUCAUUAGGAUUAAGUUAGCUUUUUGUGAGGAAAGUUGUACAAAGUAAGUGUAAGCAACUCUUCUUUGGCAACUGAUAUUUUGCAUUUACAAUAAAAUUAAUGAUAAUUUGUAUUGUGCACACGAACUGUCAGUGAACUAAAAAUGUCUUUAAACUAAAAAUUUGGGUUUGCUUCUGUCUGCACAAGUACCUACUAGCUAAGCAGUGGUAUGGUUGUACAUGGUAAUAGCAUUGGGUGUAUAAUUUUAUUUCUUGAUGUGAUUUUCUCAGAGUGCAUAUUUCCUCGGUUAAGUGUUAGGCUAUUUCGCAGUUAUCUUUCAUGCAAAUUUUCUUACCUUCCCAUAGGAAGAGUCCUAGGCAAGGAGCAAAUUACAAAUGUUGACUUGCUUUAUCCAGAUGCCUAUUUUCACUUGUACAUGAUACAUUUGUUCCUAACUCUGGCACGUUCUUGCCUCAAUAGUCUACCAUCUAUCAUUUCAUCUCUAACAGUAUUGGUAUUUGUGGGUGGGAAUAGGUAGCUUCUUUGUAUCAUGAGCUGGCAAUUUUCUCUCUCUUCUUUUGUGUUUUCUCGAUGUAUGCAUAUCAUUCGUCUAAUGUCUCUCACUCUUGUAGAGCUUUUCAUUUGUUGUUUUCUUUCAAUCGGAAUGUAAAAUAGUUUUUUAUGACAAUAUUGAACUAUAUUCACAAAUGAGGUGGUUGUACCACACUCAGUUAUCCGAUCCAAUGCACCUGUCACCAUACUCCCAUUGCUGUAAUGUGAGAAUUUGUGAGUGAAAGAAAUUAGCUAAGUGUGAGAAAGAUGAAUGCAUGUGUAUGAUUGAAUGAAAUUACCCUAAGUUUUGUGGGUGGGGAGAAGUGAUAAAGACCGUUGAUUAAUUGUUUCUUGGGAGCUUCUUCAUUUUGUUUCUAUUUUUUAAAAAAGGAAUUACAAAGUGUGUUUGUACACUUAUAGGCGCAAUAUGAGGAGUAUAUGUCAUUCCUCUCCUCUUGCAGCGUUGUCUCAGCUGUCCAUUGACUGAAUGGCUUUGUCAAAAAACAGAUGUCCUCUGAACGUCUUUUCUAUCUUGGUCAGUGGAGUUACAAAUAAAUGGAAAUAAUGGAAAGAAAGGAUAAUAAAUAGGUGGUGGAAAUGUUGGUUACCAUGGUGUGCUAUGAAGGCCACUUUGAGCUGCUUCCCACUGACCUCACUUUGAACAUUCCAUCUUCUACCCUUGAUUGACAUAAUAUUGCAUAUUUUUUUAAUAACCUUAUCUGUUUUGGGGCUUUUCUUUUUGUAUUAUAACAAUUUAUUAUAAGGUGGUGUUUUGAUGUAGAGUAGUGUAGACGUGCUUCUUCACACUGACUCUGCACUUUGGUAGUGAUUUAGCUCCUCUGUCCUUUGUUUUGUUGUCUUCCUAUUGGUUUGUUGUUUACUUACCUCUUUUUUUAGUGGAGAGCACUUUUGUGCCCUUUUGAAAUGUACUUAACUUUUAUACUUUUUACUGAAUCUCUCUUCUGUUGAAUCUUUAUGCAUGUGUUUAAAUUUAUGAGAUUUUGGAACCACAGCUUUUAAGAAAUAUUUAACCAGUGCUCCAAAAAUAUGAGGCUGGGUUUUGCCACAGAGAAUGUGAGGUGUACAGAAUGAAUUCAUUUAAAGAUAAAGGAUUUGGUUUAAUUUUGAAUAUCGGAUAUUAACGGUACUCUUUCAGUAAGGCUAACUCAUGACAGUUAACCUUACCUCAAACCAUGGGUAUUACCUUUUGCUUUCUGACGACUUACAUAUUGUUGACUUUGACUUACUCCUGGAUGAAUGCUUUCUGUCGAAGAUUUCUUGCACUACUUCAUGUAGUGUGUAUUAAUUAACUGUACUAAAGUACUAAAUUAAGGUUUGGUUCCCUUUGUCGGGUAAUUAUUGUUGAUGUGAUGUUAUAACUUUAUAUACUGCAGAAAUUUAUUGAUUUUGUUUACUUAACCCUGUACAAAGCUUAUUGAUUCCCUACAAAUUAGGUAACAUGCUGAUGCAGGCUUGACACUGUGGGCCUCACUCACCUCACAGCAUGUUAAUAAUCUACCUUUGAUACCAUUUUAAUUGACACUUUGUCAUGAUGUUGCGUCCAUCCUUUCACCUGUAGACAUUGAACAUUCACUAGAGGACAGUUAGGUAAGCAGCGCCGCUACCAUUACUGCCAAGUGUCUGAAAUCAUGUUAAAUGUAUUGUUAAGUUUUUCUGGCCCCUGUCUUUACUGAGGUGGAGCGAAUGAAUACAAAGAAAUAUUUGCUUCUAGAGAUGCAGUUAAUAGAUGAACUACAGAUUGUCACCCUUGUGCAGUAACCAGUAACUAUUGUAAUUGGUAAUGAAAUGGUCCAAUACGUAUGGUAACUGUUGUGGUAACUGUAAGAGGUAAUGUGAUCACGAAGAAAGACAGCAAAUUUGAUUCUUAUUUCAUCCAUAUAGUUGUAAGUCUUCUUAUGAAACAAAUGGACUGCUGAAAAAAAAAUUAAAUAUUGCUUUGACUAGGUAUAGUAGGUGUAAUGUGUGAUUGGCCUUCUUGUACUGUAUUACCUGUUAAUUUGGUCCUGCCAGCUUCAGUAAGUAAUCAGUUUUUAAAAUUGUUUUUUUUUGUUUGUUUGUUUGUUUGUUUAUUUUUAAAAGGAAAAAACUCUAAAAUUAUCUGGCUGUAAUUGUAGUGGCGCAAUUUGGUGUAACUGCACUGAUAAGCUACAUAAAUGUCCAUGCCCUUUGUCCAUGCAUCUCUUGAUGUGCAAUGCAGUAGCACACAUGCAGUAUUUGUACUAUGUAUUGUAAUGCAAGUAUUCUAAGUAAGAGUCAAUGUGGUAAUUGAAUUUUAUGUCUUGGAUACUCAAAACAACAAUAAUAAUGAUAGUGAUGUAUCACCUAAUGUUGUUUAAUAAAAAAAAAUCCUACACCUUCAAA